CAUCGGUCUGCCUCCCCUCUCGUGCGGCGAUCGAUCCCGUCUUCUUCCUCCUGAUUCUCGACCGAGGUGUCGUACGUCGGUUUGCAACGUCGGCUGAUCGAUCGGACGCGUGGCCGCCGGGUCGAUGAUGGCAAGCUACUGGUGCCGGCGGCCCUGCGAGUCGUGCAGCACGCGGGCGAUGGCGGGCAGCGUGGUCGGCCAGCCGGUGGCGCCGGGGCAGCGGGUGACGGUGCUGACCAUCGACGGGGGCGGCAUCCGCGGCAUCAUCCCGGGCACCAUCCUCGACUUCCUCGAGGCCAAGCUGCAGGAGCUGGACGGCCCGGGCGCGCGCCUGGCCGACUACUUCGACUGCAUCGCCGGCACCAGCACCGGCGGCCUCAUCACCGCCAUGAUCACCGCGCCCGGCAAGGACGGCCGCCCGCUCUUCGCCGCCAGGGACGUCAACCGCUUCUACCUCGACAACGGGCCCUACAUCUUCCCUCAAAGGAGGUGCGCGCUCGCCGCGGUGACCGCAUCGCUGAGGCGGCCGAGGUACAGCGGCAAGUACCUGCACGGCAAGAUCAGGAGCAUGCUCGGCGAGACGAGGCUGUGCGACGCGCUCACCGACGUCGUCAUCCCCACCUUCGACGUCAAGCUUCUCCAGCCCAUCAUCUUCUCCACAUACGACGCCAAGAGCAUGCCCCUGAAGAACGCGCGGCUCGCCGACAUCUGCAUCGGCACCUCCGCCGCCCCGACCUACCUCCCCGCGCACCACUUCCACACCCACGACGGCAACGGCAAGGAGCGCGAGUACAACCUCAUCGACGGCGGCGUCGCCGCCAACAAUCCGACGAUGGUGGCGAUGACGCAGAUCACCAAGAAGAUGAUGGGCAAGGACAGGGAGGAGCUGUACCCGGUGAAGCCGUCGGACUGCGGCAAGUUCCUGGUGCUGUCCGUCGGCACCGGCUCGACGUCCGACCAGGGGCUGUACACGGCGAAGCAGUGCUCCCAGUGGGGCAUCAUCAGCUGGCUCCGCAACAAGGGCAUGGCGCCCAUCAUCGACAUCUUCAUGGCCGCCAGCUCCGACCUCGUCGACAUCCACGCCGCCGUGCUCUUCCAGUCGCUGCACAGCGACGGCGACUACCUCCGCAUCCAGGACAACUCGCUCCACGGCCCGGCGGCCACGGUGGACGCUGCCACGCCCGAGAACAUGGCGGAGCUCCUCAGGAUCGGCGAGCGGAUGCUGGCGCAGAGGGUGUCCAGGGUGAACGUCGAGACCGGGAGGUACGAGGAGGUAAAGGGGGCCGGGAGCAACGCCGACGCGCUCGCCGGGUUCGCCAGGCAGCUCUCCGACGAGAGGAGGACAAGGCUCGAGCGCCGGCGUGGUGGCGCCGGCCGUCUGAAAUCCAGACGCUGA